AUGAUGUCAAGGGUAACACAAGGAAUUGCUGAUUUCGAAGAGACCUUUUUCCUUCGGUGCCAUGUUUAUUACAGUUCCGGCCAUGGAAAGCAGACGAAGUUUGAGCCGAGACCCUUCUGGGUAUAUUUGUUUGCAGUUGAUACAGAGAAGCUUGAUUUUGGGAAAAGCAAUGUGGAUUUGAGUCAGAUGAUUCUGGAAUCCAUUAAGAAAAGCCACGAAGGGAAGGCAAAAUGUGGUGAGCUUGUUCUAAAACUAGGGUUUCAGAUUAUGGAGAAUGAUGAAGGAGUUGGAAUUUACAGUCAGGCUGAGGAUUUGAAGUCCGCUCAGAAGGAAAAAGAACCGGAAGCGCCAAAAGUAGAGGAGCUUGAUCUACCAAACUUUAAGCUAAUGGAUAAAGGAGUUGAAUUCCAAGACAAGGAAGAGGAAUAUGGGGAGGAGCAAUCCGAAACGUCUAUUGGCAAAAAAUCGGCAACAUCAAGUGAGGUUGUGAAGGAAAUUGUGCAUGACAAAGUGCAUACAACAAGAUUGACAGAACUUGAUUCAAUUGCACAGCAGAUUAAGGCUCUUGAGUCUUUGAUGGGGAAAGAAAAAAAUGACGAAAAGGAUGAAGAUGAAGAAGAUAUCAAAUCACAAAAAUUGAAGGCGGAUGAAGAAAAUGUGACAAAGGAGUUUCUUCAAAUGCUUGAGGAGGAGGAGAUCUUAAAUGAAUAUAAACUGAAUCGAAGUGAGAUCCCUCCUCUCAAGCUUGAAGGGACUGAGGAAUCUGCCUUGAAGUACUUGUUCACCAAGAAAAAAGCUAAACCUAGACUCAUUCGUUGGAUGCUUCUACUUCAAGAGUUUGACAUCGAAAUCAAGGACAAGAAGGGGAGUGAUAAUGUUGUUGCCGACCACCUAAGCAGGUUGGUGCAUGAAGAAGAGGAUCUUCCCAUCUCCGAAACAUUUCCGGAUGAACAACUCUUGUCCGUUCAGUCAAUGAGUGGAUUCGAAUUGUUUCAAAGGAUUGCAGCUAUUGGACUUGAUGAGCUAAAUUCUCAGAUUAUGAAUUUGAUGGCAUUGGAUGAACUGAUGGAUAAAAUCGCAGAGCAGAUUGCUUUUAAAGGUGUUGCAUCCACGAUUGUUCAAGGAAGGAACAAAGAAGGCGCUAGCUCGAGCGCUGUUAAAACAAUUGUCGCCGUUAAAACAAUGGCAAAUGCAUUAAGCACAGGCAGGAAGGAAAGGAUUUCGACUGGGAUUUGGAAUGUGAACGAGAACUCAUUGAAAGUAGAGGAGAUUCUCACAUUCACUAUGCAGAAAAUCGAGGCCAUGGCAUUUGAAUCUUUGAAAAUCCAAGCUGAAAUGGCUGAGGAAGAAGCCUCAUUCGAUGUUUCACCAAUAAACAAUAGUUUCACAAAUUCAAGUGGUGUAAAAGUACUUCAAAACGAACCGCUGGCUUCUUCAAUAUCACCCAACGACUGGAUCAAAGACCACAGCGUGGCCAAUUAA